AUGAUCGAAAUAUGCCGAAGGUAUUAUCGAGGCAACCCAAAACAACUGAAGUUGAUAGAUGAGUUUGAACUAGAGUAUAAACCACAACACGCUAUUCGCUGGUAUACUCGUCAGUCGUUCAUUUAUAAAUUAAUCAAUAAAGCUUUAUGUACUGAGGACAUUCAACAACUUUAUACGUUUCGGUUUUUUAUUAUCGAUCUUUGUACGAGUAUAAAACGAGAAGCUAUGGCCGAACAACGUAGAAUUAUCUUGUAUCGUGGGCUGAAGCUAUCGAACGAUGAACUGAAAAAGUUGAUACAAAACCGGGGGAACUUCAUUUCGAUAAACGGUUUUCUGUCGACUAGUCGAUCAAAAGAGGUAGCUCGAAUGUUUACCACGACUUCCGAUCGUUUAUCUACCGAAAUCGGUGUUUUAUACGAAAUUGUAUGCGAUUUAAAUGAACUAAACGGUUCCACUAAUUUUGCUGAUAUAUCAAAACAUAGCGACUUUCCUGACGAAGAAGUUCUGUUUGAUUUAGAAACAACAUUCCAAAUUUUAUCAGUUGAUCAAAUAGAAAACGAAAAUAUUCAUCUAAUUAAACUGAAAGCAACAUCGGAAGGCCUAGAAUUUGUCCAAGAUUAUAAUGCAUUAUAUCGAGAACAAGUAAAAGAGAAAACAGUAAGAGUUGCCUUCGGUGAUCUACUCAUUGAAACAGGACGGUAUGAUCAAGCCCAGUUGUACUUUGAAAACCUCUACAAAAAUUCUCCCUCAGAAGAUGUGGCUAUUAUCCUUUCUAAUAUUGGUUUGUGUCAUGACUACAAAUGCGAGUACGAGAAUGCGUUAAAAUACUAUAAUGCCUCAUGUCAAAUACUCGUGUCAUCGGACCCGCCGCGAGCGAAAGAGUUAGCGAGAGUCUUGAACAACAUCGGCUUAGUCCUUCAAGACACGGACCAGUACAACCAGGCACUCGAAUUUCUAAUGAAGUCAUUACACAUUCAGAAAAAACAUGUUCAACACGAACAUCGCUAUGUUGCUCAAACACUAAACAAUAUCGGUGUCAUCUACUACAUACGUCAAGAGUACGAUCUCGCACUUGAAUACAACAAAAAAUCUCUUACAUUACAAGAGAAACUUCUGUCAUCGAAUCACAUUGACAUUGCACAAACUUUAAAUAGCCUAGGACUCAUUUAUCAAGAUAAAAGUGAUAACUUAACAGCUUUAGAAUACCAUGUAAGAUCACUUGACAUAAAAGAAAACUAUCUACCACCAAAUCACAUUAAGACUGCUCAAACAUUAAAUCAUGUUGGUCAAAUAUACUGGACGAAAGGCGAGUACAAUUAUGCACUUCGCUACCAUUUGAGAUCAUUAAAAAUGCAACAGGAAUGUUUACCAUCUGUUCGUAUAAUCAGAGCUUAUACACUUGACUACAUUGGACUCGUUUAUUAUUCGAAAAAAGAUUUUGAUUUCGCCUUAUGA